UGUCGCCGUUGGAACUGGGAAAAGCCUUGGAAUUUGCAAGAUGACAGCGCUAAGGAUUGGUUGUGGUCCGAAAUUAAGGAAGGGUAAUUGGAACAUCAAACACUAUAAGCUCAGCAGCGCCAAAGACUUGGGGAGCAGCCUGGCAUACCAGAGGAGCAAAUUUUUGGACAUUUGCCGUUUUACAGGCUUGGGGAGCAGCCCAGCAGACACGGGCCGACGCCUUUCAUACCUUUGGAGAAGCGCCAAAGACUUGGGGAGCAGCCUGGCAGACCGGAGGAGCAAAUUUUUGGACCUGCGGAGCCGCUUUACAGGCCUGGGGAGCAUCCCAAUAGACAAUAGACACGCGGCGACUCCUUUCAUACCGUUGGAUCAGCGCCAAAGACCUCAGGAUCUACUCUUUGGACCUGCGGAGCUGCUUUACAUAUCCAGGGACCAACUGAACAUACCUCAAAAUGAUUGCAAGUCUCCCAUCCUUGAUAAUAAAGGAGGUACGUGGGUAACGGGAACAAACGUCUGGGAUCGGAUACCUAGGUCGCCUGUGAGUUGA